CUCCUAGCAACUGGCGAAAUAACAGCGCGGGCCGCUGCUGCGUGAUCGCCCCCGGGUGGCGCGUCGAGCCCGGCCGCGGCGGGAGUAAUUGCUCUCAGAAGAGACCUUUGAUUCUUUGACUGAGAGAAUGGGUAAAAAGGUAAAGAAGGAAGUAGAGCCUCCACCCAAGGAUGUGUUUGAUCCUUUAUUGAUUGAAAGCAAAACAGCAGCAACGGUUGUGCUAAUGCUUAGCUCUCCUGAAGAGGAAGUUUUGGCAAAAGCAUGUGAUGCUCUGUAUAAAUUUGCAUCAAAAGGUGAUGAAAACAAAAUGACACUUCUUGGUCUUGGAGCAGUGGAACAUCUGUAUAAACUCAUCUCACAUGAAGAUCCAAUUGUACGCAGAAAUGCCAUCAUGGUAUUUGGCAUCAUGGCUUCUAAUCAUGAUGUCAAGAAGUUACUGAGGGAACUGGAUGUCACAAAUUCACUUAUAUCACAGCUGGCACUGGAAGAAGAUGUAGUUAUCCAUGAAUUUGCUACUCUCUGUCUAGCACAUAUGGCCGUCGAAUAUACUACUAAAGUACAAAUAUUUGAGCAAGGUGGAUUAGAACCACUUAUCAGACUACUAAGUAGCCCUGAUCCUGAUGUUAAGAAGAAUUCAGUUGAAUGUAUAUACCUCCUGGUGCAGGAUUUUCAAAGCCGUGCUGCAGUUCGUGCACUGAAUGUAAUUCCACCCUUGCUGGAACUACUGAAAUCUGAAUACCCAGUGAUUCAGUUGUUAGCCCUUAAAACCUUAGAAGUAAUUAGCAAAGACAGAGAAACCAGGAUAAUACUGGGAGAAAAUAAAGGAUUAGAUUGUCUUCUGAAGAUACUGGAAACCAAUGAAUUCAGCGAUCUACAUGUGGAAGCUCUUGCAGUGUUGGGAAAUUGUCUUGAAGAUGUGUGUACUCUGCAACUGAUUCAGCAGACAGGAGGCCUUAAAAAGCUACUUUCACUUGUAGGAGUCUCUACUGUUCCCGAUAUUCAGAAGAAUGCAGCAAAGGCAAUUACCAAAGCAGCUUAUGACUCUGAAAAUAGAAAAAUCUUAAAUGAGGAAGAGGUUGAGAAGUGUCUCAUAAACCUUCUGGAAAUUGAUAAUGAUGGAGUUAAAAUUGCUGCUGCCCAAGCAGUUUCUGCCAUGUGUGAAAAUUUAGCUAGCAAACGUGCAUUUGGACUCCAGGGGAUUCCCCAGCUAGUACAGUUGCUAAGCAGUGACAAUGAAGAGGUAAAAGAAGCUGCAGUGACAGCAUUAGCUAAUUUGACAGCAGCCAGUCCUAGUAAUGCAAGUGCUGUUGCUGAGGCUGAAGGAAUUGAGCCAUUAGUAAAUACCUUGAAUGCUCAGAGAGAUGGAGCCAUUGCUAAUGCUGCUACAGUGCUAACAAAUCUGGCCACGCAAGAGCCAUUCCGCAUAAAUAUCCAGAGCUGUGGUAUUAUGAGUGUGCUUGCAAAACCAUUGUGCUCGACCAGCAGCCAAGUGCAAAGCAAAGCAGCAUUUGCUGUGGCUGUGUUUGGUUGUGAUGCUGAUGCAAGAACUGAGUUAAGAAAUGCAGGUGGACUGGGACCACUCAUUGAAUUGCUGUAUUCUAAGGAUGAAGAAGUCAGAAGAAAUGCCUGUUGGGCUGUUAUGGUCUGUGCAAGUGAUGAACUAACUGCUGUUGAACUAUGCAGGCUACGUGCUUUAGACGUCCUAGAAGAAAUUAAUCUAUCAACAGGGCGCAAAAAUAACUUUAGUGAAGCUGCUCUGGAAAAGCUACUUGAUAACAAUCUUUCCCAAAAGUACAGCCAGAUGGGAUAUUUAUCAUCAAGUAAUAUCAUAACUGAUGGAUUCUAUGAUUAUGGUCAGAUAAAACCUGGAGUGAAAUUUUUAUCUUUGGAGGAACUGAGUAUGCAAGAGCUUACUGACCGUCGGGCCGUAAUCUUCAUUAAUGCUAAACCACAGGAAGAUCUUGCAGUAGAGGAGAAGGCACAAGAUUCAUCUUAUGAACAGACUAUCUUGUCACCUUCUAUUUCAAGAAAAGGCAGUAGAGAAAAAACAAGUUCAAUGGUAUCUCCAAUGGAGGAAAAGCAGGAGUUAUCUGGACAACAGUGUUCACUCAGCAAAAGCGGCACUAGAGAAAAAGGCUUAAGAUAUUAUACUUUGAAUUAUAUAAAAGGGAAAGGGAAAAAAGAAGAGGAAAAAUCCAAAGAAGUUACUCAGAUUACAUCUAAAGUCCAGGAUGAAAUACAUCUAGAAAAUUUACAUUGGCUACCACCACCUGACUUCAUUUUACUGGAUUACAUUAAUGAUGUUUCCAAAACAAUUCUACCACUAACUACUACCCGGGAACAAGUUGUGGCUCUUGCACAGUUUGUUGCAGACAAGAUGGGUGGCCCGAUUGAAAGAGACAAACUACAUGACUUCAGCUGGGAACUUCACAUAAGUGAAAUACAAUUUGAACUGAAAUGUAAUGUUGUGCCUAUCGGGAAAGUCAAAAAAGGGACGUUCUACCACAGAGCUUUACUUUUCAAGGUGAUAGCAGACAGAAUUGGCAUUGGCUGUAGUUUAGUUCGUGGCGAGUAUAACAGAGCUUGGAAUGAAGUUAAAUUGGUUGAUGACUCUCCUCAAGGAGUUGCUGGGCUUCUGCUUCCUCCUCAAGAAUAUAUUGUAGAUCUAAUGUUUGAGCCAGGCUUUUUGAUAAAACAGGGAAGUGCAGAGGCAGAUCAGUACAAACAUAUUUAAUCAUCUUGACAAAUUUUGCUAAAAUAACUAUUUUAAAAAUGUUUGCAGCGCUAAUAUUUAUGAAACAUAAGGGGUUUCAGGUCCAGCUAUCAAAAAGCACCAUAUCUGGUAUGUUGUCCUAAAUGUUUAAUUAAACAUAUUUUAGGUAUCCAACUUCAAUGCUUAGAAAUUUUGUUAAUUUUUUGGUACUAUUUUAAG